CCUCUUCUGAGCUCCCGGUGUUGAGUGUGAGUGAGGGGACCCAGGGCUUCCUCUGCGACGCCCCCAGACAGUUCCCCGCCGCCGCCACCAACGGAGGCGAGUGUGCGCCCCUGGGUGCUUUUCAGGAGGAGGUGAUGCAAGCGCGGGAUGCGGGGAAGGACUGUGGGUGAUAAGAAUGUGGGGGUGGAUCUUGGGACCCAGAACCCCGCUGAAGGAAGUUUGAAGGAAACAGUUCCUGGGCGGAUGCCUCUAAUUCAGGAAUCGCGCAUCCAGGUCCUGUGUGCUUCCUGGUCAUCGCUGCGAUCUUACGGUGAAGGGUAUCUGUCAGGGACACCGGCGGUAGUCACCAUCUUCCUGCUUCUGCUGUGUCGUGCUGUGAGAGUGUACGUCUGUGUGCACCUGCGGGGGUGCCUGUGGCCGCGACUCUGCAGUUGUGUGGGCUGGGCUGUGAACCAAGGGGGAGACAGCACAGAGGUAGAGGAAGACCAAGGAAGCAUUCUUACUAUGUGCCAGGGCCUGCAUUACGCAAUUGAGGCUCACGAUCUUCCGUGAACCCCAAGCAGCUCCGAGGAUCACUGACAGUCAUGAUGAGCAGCAGGUCAUGGAGGGACUGGCCGUGGUGUGGGGGGUGAGGGCCCCCCACCCCUGGGGAAGUCCUCCUGGGCCGGGCUCAGCAUGGACCCAGAACUCGUGCCCACCAGGCCGCCUUCCCUCUCUCCCACCCAGUGAUGGCCACCACUCUGGGCCUAAACCACAGCUCCAUGUCUGAAUUCAUCCUCGUGGGCUUCUCCACCUUCCCGCCACAUCUCCUGCCCGUCUUCUUCCUGCUGUUCCUGCUCAUGUACCUGUUCACCCUGCUGGGGAACCUGCUCAUCAUGGCCACUGUGUGGAGCGAACGCGGCCUGCACACGCCCAUGUACCUCUUCCUGUGUGCCCUGUCCAUCUCCGAGAUUCUCUACACCUUGGCCAUCACUCCACGCCUGCUGGUGGACCUGCUCUUCACCCACCGCACCAUUGCCUUUGCGGCUUGUGUCAGCCAGAUGUUCUUCUCCUUCACAUUUGGCUUCACCCACUCCUUCCUGCUCACCGUCAUGGGCUACGACCGCUACGUGGCCAUCUGCCACCCCCUGCGCUACAAUGUGCUCAUGAGCCCCCGUGGCUGUGCCUGCCUGGUGGCCUCGUCCUGGGCUGGUGGCUCAGUCAUAGGGCUGGUGGUGGCCACAGCCAUUUUCCACCUCACCUUCUGUGGACCCAAUGAAAUCCAGCAUUUUUUAUGUCAUGUACCCCCUCUCUUGAAGCUGGCCUGUGGAACUGAUGUACCAGUAGUAGCCCUGGGUGUGGGGCUGGUGUGCAUCACCAACUUGUUGGGUUGCUUUCUCCUCAUCCUCCUCUCCUACACCUUAAUUGUGGUUGCCAUCUUGAAGAUCCCCUCUGCUGAGGGCCGGCACAAAACAUUCUCCACCUGUGCGUCCCACCUUAUUGUGGUCAUUGUGCACUAUGGCUUUGCGUCUAUCAUCUACCUCAAGCCCAAGGGUCUGCACUCCCACGAAAGCAACACCCUGAUGGCCAUCACCUACACGAUCCUCACACCCUUCCUCAGUCCCAUCAUCUUCAGUCUCAGGAACAAGGAGCUGAAGACUGCCAUGAAGAAGACCUUCCUCAGCAAACUCUAUCCCUCCAGCAUCUAAGUGGCCAGUGUGAAGGUGGUUUCAGAAGAAGGUAGAAGGAUGACCAUACCCUCACCUGUACGAUGGGGUUUACAAUGUCUGCCUAGUAAGAUUGGUAAAAAGAUGUGUGACAACACCCAAGACAG